AUGGCAGCUCUCUAUGGCAGCGAGGUGAAGUGCGUCAGCGUGGAGUGGGACUUCCUGCAGGGCUUGUUGGUGAAGAACCAGCCGGUGCCUUGCCUGCAGGCCCUGCGCAAGGAGAAAUCCCGCAACGCAGCCCGCUCCCGCCGGGGCAAGGAAAAUUUCGAGUUCUACGAGCUGGCCAAGCUGCUGCCACUGCCCGGCGCCAUCACCAGCCAGCUGGACAAGGCCUCCAUCGUCCGCCUCACCAUCACGUACCUGAAGAUGCGCAACUUCGCCAUCCACGGCGACCCCCCCUGGAGCCUGCGAGCAGAGGCCCCGGCCCCGGCGGGCAACGCUUCUGGUCGGAGGAAUAUGAAUGCGCUGCUGACGGAGCUCUUCGAACAGCACUUAGGGGGGCACAUCCUGCAGUCCCUGGAUGGAUUUGUGUUUGCACUGAAUCAAGAGGGAAAAUUCCUUUACAUCUCCGAGACUGUGUCUAUUUACCUUGGGCUUUCACAGGUAGGUGUUGUAUGUGACACUCUCUGUACUGAGACCUCUUUUGGGAUUGUUUCAAGGAGAGAGACCC